AUGAAGACAGACCUGAGCGCCUUGGUGACACUGAUGCUGGGGAUUGUGCUGCUGACUGGAACCGGGACACUUGCUGCUCCCCAGCCCACCAAGACCCUUACGGACCCCAAGGGCUGCCAUCUGGCCCCGUUCCAGUCUCUGUCCCCAGAGGAGCUGCAGGCCUUCAGGAGGGCCAAGGACGCCUUGGAGGACACACUCCUGCAGAAGGCCUGGAACUGCAAUGCCCGCCUGUUCCCUAGGACCCGCGACCUGAGGCAGUUGCAGGUGUGGGAGCGCCCCGUGGCCCUGGAGGCCGAGCUGGCCCUGACCCUGCAGGUCCUGGGGGCCAUGACUGAGCCCUCCCUGGAGUCUGUCCUGGACCGGCCUCUCCACACACUGCACCACAUCCACUCCAAGGUCCAGGCCUGUGUACCCUCUCAGCCCACAGGGCGCCCUCAGCCCCGGGGCCGCCUCCAGCGCUGGCUGCAGAGACUCCAGGAGGCUCCUCACAAGGAGUCCCAGAGCUGCCUGGAAGCUUCUGUCACCCUCAACCUCAUUCGCCUCCUCAUCUGGGACCUGCGAUGUGUGGCCCGAGGAGCACUGUGUGUCUGA